AUGCACCCUGGGGCCCCCGCAACCCCCGGGGCCUCUGAACCUGGGCCCCGAGAGCUGUGUGCCUUUGUGAGCGGGGCGUCUGCUCACGUGCUGCGAGCCCUGCAGCCCAGGCGCACCCGGCCCCCCAAGCGGAGGCCCAACCACCGGAGAUUCCUGCACAACCAGAUCUGCAGGCAGUUUGCCAAGAUCGAAGCUGCCACUCAGCACCUGGCUCUGUCCAUCCUGUCCCAGAAAGCACCUCCCCAGAGACCACCACCUCAAAGGCCACCCCCACCCCCAUCCCCCUUCUUGGGUGUGGCCUGCGCUGAGGCCCCCAUGGAGGUGCCCCACCACAGCCCCAGCCUGAGCCUAGCUGCCCUGGACACUUCGACCCUUGACCUCUUUGAUGACAUCAUGCUCACUCCAGUGUGUCCCUCGGUGACCCCUGACCUCUUUUCUCAGACUCUGACUGCUGACAUUCCCCAGGGGACAUGUGCCCUUGCCUCUCAGGCUCUGGGCCUGGGGGACCAGAGGCAGCCAGACCUGAUGCAGGCUCUAAGAUCCUCUCCCCAGCAUGCCCAUACAGGAGGCUCUGAGCCCGCAGCUCUUGGUUGGGAUUGGGUGGACAAUUGGGAGGCACCUUGUGCCUGGGAUCCUCAGGGGAUUCUGAAAGGCUGGGGUAUCCCUUGAAACCCAUUCACAACACAGGCCAGGCCCCAUUCAGGCUGAACCAGAGUCUCCCCAGGAACCCCUAUACCAUCCACUCCCUUCCGGGGAGAGAUGGGGCUAUGACUCAGUUGAUAGAGUGUUUACCUCCUAUGCAUGAAGCCCUGAGCUCCAUCCCCAGCAUCACAUAAACCAGUAAAAUAAACCCUGGGAAAAUGAAGCCAGACUAGUACCUUGGACCACGGCCAUGGAGCCUUCACUGAACUCAGGGCCCACCUCUGCCCCAUCUGGGGACCCCUAGCACUCACCCUCUGCUUUCUUCCUUCUGGGCAUCAUGUUAGUCCAUGUGUUCUCCG